CAAAAUGUGCUUAAUGAAUACUCUGAUAGCUAUCUGAGUCUUUGCAGAGACACCGUUUCAAACAAACAACUUAUGACAAAACUACAGAGAUCCAAGUUUGACGUCCUUCUCUCAGAUGCUGUUGCUCCCUGUGGAGAGUUGAUAGCUGAACUUCUCCAGAUCCCUUUUCUGUACAGUCUGCGCUUCACUCCUGGCUAUACAAUGGAAAAGUACAGUGGGAAAUUUUCAGUCCCUCCCUCUUAUGUACCCAUGAUUUUGUCGGGACUAGGUGGUCAAAUGACUUUCAUGGAGAGGGUAAAAAAUAUGAUGUGUAUGUUUUAUUUUGACUUUUGGUUCGAGACAUUUAACGAGAAGAAAUGGAGUCAGUUUUACAGUGAAACAUUGGGAAGGCCCACUACCUUAACUGAGACAAUAGGCAAAGCAGAAAUGUGGCUCAUUAGAUCCUACUGGGAUUUGGAGUUUCCUCGCCCAACCUUACCAAAUGUUGACUAUGUAGGAGGUCUCCACUGCAAACCUGCUAAACCCUUGCCUAAGGAAAUGGAAGAUUUUGUCCAGACCUCCGGAGAGCAUGGUGUCGUGGUGUUUUCUCUGGGGUCAAUGGUCAGCAACAUGUCAGAAGACAAAGCCAAUGCAAUAGCAUGGGCCCUUGCCCAGAUUCCACAAAAGGUUCUUUGGAGAUUUGAGGGCAAAACACCAGACACCUUAGGAUCCAAUACCAGAGUUUACAACUGGCUCCCCCAGAAUGACCUUCUAGGUCAUCCAAAAACCAAAGCCUUUGUAACUCAUGGUGGAGCCAAUGGAAUCUAUGAGGCGAUCCAUUUUGGAAUCCCUAUGAUUGGCAUUCCUUUGUUUGCAGAGCAGUAUGAUAACAUUGCCUACAUAGUAGCCAAAGGAGCAGCUGUUUCAUUAGAUUUCAGAACAAUGACAAGGGCAGAUUUGCUCAAUGCACUGGAGGCCGUCAUAGAUAAUCCUCUCUAUAAGAAGAACGCAAUGUGGUUAUCAACCAUUCACCAUGACCAGCCCAUGAAACCCCUGGACAGAGCCAUCUUCUGGAUUGAGUUUGUCAUGCGCCACAAAGGGGCCAAGCACCUGAGGCCACUUGCACACAACCUCACCUGGUACCAGUACCACUCUCUGGAUGUGAUUGGAUUCCUACUGGCCUGUGUGGCAACCAUAGCUUACCUUUCCAUAAAAUCCUUCUUAUUCAUUUAUCAAAAGUUUGUAAAGACGGGAAAGAAAACAAAGAGAGAGUAGAGCUCAUUGAGAAUGCACAUGAACUCCAUUUCAGCAUUGUUCUAGAUUAUGAACGGCCUUCUGAACAUUCACUCAUCACUCUAGCAAGGCAUAUCUUCAUUAGAGGGGAAGGGAGAAAUAAUGCAAUUAUAAUCUCACAAAAU